AUGGGCUCAGAGACAUUCCUGGAAGUGAUUCUGGCGAUUCUUCUACCUCCCGUCGGUGUAUUCCUUCGGUAUGGUUGUGGGGUUGAGUUCUGGAUAUGUUUGUUGUUUACUUUGUUGGGUUACAUCCCUGGGAUCAUCUAUGCUAUCUACGUUCUCGUGGGAUGA